ACAACGAUAUCGAUUAUACAGUUGCUACGGUCGGGAAUUGAACCUUCAACCGCGUGCGUAGGAGUGCUGUUGUGUGAAACGUGGUACUGAGGACCGGGUCUGUCAAACUCCGACGGAUGUCCGUCAGGCUUCUUUGUGGCUGUCAUCCCCAGCAUUACUGUUCAUUCGCUCCAUUCACGUUUUCUUUCUUUCUUUCUGUUUUAAAGAAUGGGAUAGGUGUGUUCGUAAGGGGCAGGGGUAUGCUGCAGGACCGGAGCUCGCGAGCCUUUUCGCUUGCUUUUCUGUGCCAUCCGAAGCCGCCCCUGUGAGUGUUUACAUGCCUCCGCGGUUGUGCCUGGAUGAAGCUGACCCAUCCUUUUUAACCACGGCGUCGUGUCCGCUGUUCCGCCGUGCGUCAGCAGUCACCCAGCCAGACCGACAGCCACGCGGCGGUGAGCGCGGAGCGACGCUUGUUUUCUCUGUCGUCGUGGUUGCUUCGCGCUCUCCGAUCGGAGAGCUGGUGGGAGGGCAGCGGACGUCGAGAUAAACGUUUUCGCGGUGCGCAGAGCAUCCGCGCCGGUCCGACAGCUGGCGUCGGCCGACCCCGCGCCGCGAGUCGGGGUUGCCGCAGUCCGUCACCUGGCGGCUCGCUCGCUGGCACGCGGCGUCUCUCCAGGGGCACUCCUUCGUUGCCCAAAGGGGGGAAGGGCACACCGCGGCGGCAUCCGCCUGGCACGGUCCUCAGAGCGGAGGCGACAAACACGCGUUUUUCCGCGCACUGGGACACCUGCUCGCUUGCUUGCGCGAAAGGUCGCACUCCUCUCUCUCUCACCGCCUGCGCGGCCGGGCUGCUACUACCGGAGCUUCGUCGACGUCCCGAAGCCUUCCAGGCCUUCCUUCGGUGGCCGACCUGUCCGACGGCCGAGGAACCUCCUCUCGCCAUCUUCUAUCUCUCUCCUCUCAAGCUCCUCCUCGCCGUGGGAUCGUGACAGGCCGUGUGUGUUGUUUCCCGGAUGUUGUCUGCUGCCUCCUGCCCGUGCUCCUUGCGCUGCGGCCGGCGGUCGUCUGCUCUGGCAGCCGCUGCAUAUCGUCUGCUCCUCCCGUGUGUGUCGGUCCGGUCGUCUGCAGCUCCAGCUGAGAAGAGAUCGUCCGCCGCUGUGUGCGGUUAAGGCGGCCGUUGUUUUCGACGCCGCGCUCUGCUACACUUGUCCGGUGAUCCUGCUGUUGGUACCCUUCCGAGGCGACGUUUACGAGCCGGUCGUCUCGCACCUGUCUUUCGAGAAACUUGCCGACCCAGCUGCUGUGUGCGUUUGCCGAGGGACAACCUGCCUUUUGCUGCUGGAGGAAGGAAUUAUGCUCGACGAAACGUGCGGAGCUGUGAGGGACCCGCUGUGUGAUGGUGUGUGACUGUGUCACUGACGCAUGGCUCCAAACGUCGCGUUGACGUCACACUGAUUGAUUGUCGUCGUUCGAUGUAGUUGUAUCCGUCUGCUCGAGUCCCAGCAGAAGUACUCGCACUCUGCCACAGUGCUCGGCAAUGCUAUUCUUAGUAUCCGUAGUCUUUGCAGAUGGUUUAUUCUGCAGAAUCUCGCACGAACGUACUGUUUAAAGUGGCUUUGUAAUGAACCCGCCGGUUAUUUUUUGAAUUCCACCAGAGAAAGACACAGCAUAUUCGAAUUGCGUGUGAAAUACAGUCUUCGCUCGCACCGCUGAUUUUUCAGUUUCCGUCGUGGCGACGUGCAUCGGACCCCGACAGUCGUCGUAGCCCUUGCGUGAGCCCAGGUCGCGCCGACCUGACCCUCGCGAGUUUUCGGAAUUGGCUGCUGGUGUGACGUGUUAGUGGGCAGCUUCCCGAAUCCGAGGAUAAAAGAAUCGCGUCGAACUCGUCAUGCGUCGUUCGCCGUCUGCUGGAAGCGCCAGAACUGCUUCAGUGUGUUGGAUUCGCCGACGGACGCACCUAUCUGCGGCUGCUUCUUUGUGACCCGGCCGUUUGUGUCUGGUGUGUUCUUCGAGGAAAGGGGGAAGGCGUCUGUGUGCGCAUUUCUUGGCGGAUUUCCACGCCGCAGACCGUCGUCACGCUGGCUGCGUCGACGAAAACCCUCCUCGUCAUGGCCGCCCGAGCGCCUGAGCUGCUGGCGACGGCGUGCGAGUCCGUGUCGGCGGCCGACGCGGUGUCGGCGCUGCGCUGCGGGGCCUUCUCGUCCUCGGGCUCGGUCGACUCCUCGUCGGGGGCGCCGGGCCGGCCGGACUCCGUGCGCCGGCGCCGGACCCUGGAGUCCGAGGACUCGAGCUACGACUCGGACACCGAGAACCCCGCGGACACCGCGUCCGGCACGACGACGCCGUCGACGCGGCAGCACGAGGACGUGUCCCGGACCGUGUCCGAGACGCUGGGCGCCGAGUUCGCCGAGUACGUGACGGCGGGACCCCAGUACUCCAGCCGGCUCGAGUUCGCCGUCAAGCUGGGCUACACCGAGGCACAGGUUCAGCAGGCCCUGCGGCGGCUAGGCCCCCAGCCGGGCCAGAACGAGCUGCUGGCCGAGCUGGUGCGGCUGGGCGCGCGGGAGCAGUCCGGUGACGCCGCCCCGCGGGCCGACCCGCUCUCGUCCUCCGCGUCGCAGGCGGCCGAGGACCCGCUGAGGCCCAUCGUCAUCGACGGCAGCAACGUGGCCAUGAGUCAUGGGAACAAGGAAGUGUUCUCGUGCCGAGGCAUCCAGUUGGCGGUGGACUGGUUCAAGGCCAGGGGCCACACCAGCAUCACCGUUUUUGUCCCCAGCUGGCGAAAGGAAGCCUCGCGUGCGGAGACUCCCAUCAAGGACCAAGAGAUCCUUCUGCAACUCGAGAAGGAACGGCUGCUGUUCUUCACGCCUUCGCGCAACGUGGGUGGCAAGCGCAUGGUGUGCUAUGAAGAUCGCUACAUCCUGAAGAUGGCCGCACAGACGGGUGGCGUGGUAGUGUCCAACGACAACUACCGGGACUUGGUGGCUGAGAGCCUAGACUUCAAACGUGUUGUUGAGGAGCGCCUGCUUAUGUACACAUUCGUCAAUGACAGGUUCAUGCCCCCCGAUGACCCCUUGGGGAGGCACGGGCCCUCACUGGAUGCUUUCCUGCGUAAGAGUGGAACCUUGCCUCCCGAAGGACCUCCGAGCUGCCCGUACGGCAAAAAGUGCACGUACGGCAACAAGUGCAAGUACUACCACCCUGAGCGUGGAAACCUGCCUCAGAAGUCGGUCACCGAGCGGCUUGCCGAGCAAGCCCGCCUCCAGCUGCAGGAGGUCAAGGCGCGCGGUGCCAUCAAGAGCCGCGACUCGUCGCCUGGUGGCGAACUGCUCAAGACAAAAAGCCUGCCACCUGGUGCGACUGAAGCGAUGCUCCCCAAGAAGAAAGCGCCGCUCUCGAGGACUAAGUCGUCGGUGCCACCUCCGUCGGCGUCUCUGCUGGGUGCCGACCUGUUGGAGGCUGACGGUGGAGGCCACUUGUCGGUGGCAAAGCGGCUCUCGGAUCCUGACUCGGGACUGGGAGCAUUCUCACUGCCCAAAGGGAGUCCCGUACUGUCGCCUGGCGGUGCAGGCAGCAGUGGUGACGACACUCUGGGCAGCGGCAACCUCCACCGCAAGCUCCAGCGGCAGCUCACGCUCAACCCAGCAUGCGACCCACGGCUUUACCAGAUGCGAGCCGCGGUGUCUUCGGGCCUUGUUCCGCCACCUGCGGUGAGCCUGGCGGAAGCCGUGCACGGCCGUGCGGGAAGCCAGGAGAACCUUCAACACCGAGCUCUGGGACGGCUGGCAAGCGACUCUGGCCUGGUCGCCACGGCUGGCGCAGGUUGGGGCACUCUGCCCGGGGCACACACAGAGGUGACACGCAUCGCCAGUGCGCCGGACUCGACGCGGCAGCAACGGUCGCAGCAGGCGGCAGCAAUUCAGCGCCUCAGUAGCACGUCUGACACAAGGCUGGACGCAUUCCCGCUGGCGGGUGCGGCCACACCGGUGCCAGCCGGCCAACUAUUUCCUUCUUUCCCAGGCCUGAGCCCCCACGCCACUGCUGGGGGGUGGGGGGGCCUGCCCAUGAGCAGGCCACCACCGCCACUGCCGCUCGAAGUGGGCGCACCACCACUAGACACAGCUAGCCCCCGCUACCGCCUCUACUACCACCUGUCGUCCAUCUUCCCCGAGGAACAAGUGCGCGCCGCCAUGGACCUCUGCCCCGAGGAGACCAACCCGCAGAAGGUGUGCGCCGCCAUCCUCGCCAUGUUCCCCAAGGGUUAACCGAGACACACCCCACCGCCUCCAUUUCCGGCGGGUCGUUUCUUCCCUGGCAUGACGCAUAGUGCCAUCUGUUGUCGCAGAGUUGGGUGGUGGGCUGGAGGCCCCCGGUUGUGAGCGGGUCAUGCAUUGCCGCCACAUUGUUUGUCGCUGCAUUCCCUCGGUCCUGGGAGCACUUCCAAAUGGGAAGCCUACAACACUUCUCCCAAAACCUCACGGUGGGAAUGGUUGUCUCGAUGGUUGUUGUGUGCGUUGCACCUCUGUGAGGAUGCCACAAACGUAAGCAAACGUGCAUGUAGUGCUGUCUUGUCCCUGCAUCCCCAGCAACCCUGGGGGCAACAUAUGGGCUCUUGAAACCCGCAUCAUCUUUCUGAGGGAGCACGGCACCUAUUCUUCGGCUGGACGUUCUGACAGCUUGGAGUCUGAUACAGAAAAUGUGCGCGCAUCACCUCCUCCUGCACUGUUCCUCUCGGUGCCGACUGAGCAGAUAGGAAGCCUGUGAGCGAAGCCUUUCCCAUCUUUGCGGUGUUCUUGGUGUUUACAAAAUGGAACCUGUUUUCUGGUUCUGAGAUGAGGUCAAGCUGGUGUGUGAACGUGGGCCCACUUUUGUUUCGUCCAUAUUUGACCGUCCCCUGACGGCCAGCGGAAAGGGUGACUCAAAGGCAGAAGCCGGGAACUCGGACAUUGUUUCCCGCUUGACCCCUUCGUCCUUUUGCAGGCCCUGUGCUUGCAGUCGUAACUUCAAUCGUGCAGUGUUGAUGCUCUCAGGUCUAUUUGCAUUUCCUAGAAAGGUGGCAUAGGAAGUGAGGAUGGAGGAAAGAUUUAAAUGGAAUCCCCCACCCCCUGUCGCAGUGCGGUCUUGUAGUAAAUUCUUUGCUCUCGUCAUGUUGGCAGGUUGCGUGCACUGUGCAGUGAUGCGCGGGUCACCGAAUGCACAUACAGGGCGACCUUCUCAUUUCCUGUGCUUGUGCCAACACACAGCCGUUAGACUGUUGCCACUCAUGCGAGGUCCCAGUCACUUUCAUUCAGUCGCGACUAAGCAAGGUCACUUUUAUGGGAAUGGCCAUCUGAAGUGUGUAGAGAUCUGUCAAAGUAGCAAGAUGGAAGCUUGUGGUGAACAGUCACGUCUGUGCUGUCUGCUGGCAUAACAAGUAUUGCUGUACUAUCGAGCUGUCUUUGCUGUUAGCUUUAUUUAUUAGUUCCAGUACGUUUUGGUGGAUUCAUCAUGCGUAGAAGCCACUAGUUCUGAGAUCGGCAUAGCACAACAACAAGCGCUGGAACGUAGCAGCACACAUUCCUACUCUCACCAACAGUGGCGAUGCUUCUCAGAAGACUGCACUGAUGGUACUGUCAGCCAUACGUUCGAGUGUUGCUGUCAACAGAUCUAAGCUGUGUAAUUUGAGAAAGAAACGCAUGCGUGCACUAUGUGUAGGGCGUACUAACGUGGUUCUGCAUCGUCAUUGUUGCAUGCCUCUGAUAUCACACACUGCAGCUUGGUGUGCGUCUGCCCGAAGAGGCAGCAUGCCUGCAACCGACAGAUGCUCUUUCUGCAAAUCCAAGUUUGCACUUGCAAGCUGUGCUCUGUGGCCUCACACUGUCAACCUUCUCAUUUCUGGUAGUGUGUCUUCAGGAAGUCAGGAUGGCCCACUGAAUCGGACACAGCUCCCAAACUGAUGCCUCGCGUUGCCGUGCCAAGUGAAGUCUGAGUUCUCGGUCUUAGGGAACUAGGAAACAAACUGGUUGGUGUGUUAACGCUCUUUCUCGUUACUUACACGCACAAGUUUUGAAGAUUAUGUGUCAGCGGCCACAUUGGAAGGCAGCUACGUGGCUGUAGGUUGAGUGGAUGGAGAGGAUUCUACUUGAUUCAGCCCUUUGUGAACGAAAUGCCUGCGUAGGUGUGGCAUCUUCAAGGGCACACGCUGUGCUUUGUUUUCUUGUCACUAGUUGAGCAUUAGGUGUUGGGUACUGUACUAACAGUUGUCUUAUGAUUAUCUGGAGCAGGGCCAUUGGUAUCGCAGCAGGGUUCAUUGGUAUCGUUUGUAAUGAAAGUAGCCUCAAAAUUUUUUGUGAGCCAUGCAGCUUCUUGCGAAGCAUUGCCUUUCUUUAUUUUUUUGUUAGGAGGAAACGGUUCUCAGUAGUAUGUUUCCUGCGCACAAGCUCUUGUGCCAUUUCUCGCUUUAUCAUGCAUUGCCUCAACGACAGAGAUGCAAGUGGAAAGGGGGUGGAGGCAGUUAGCUUUUCUAAUGUUGAUGCAUUUUGCACUGGAUUUUUUCUUGCAUCGCUAAGCCCUCACUUUGGAGGACCCCCUAUAUACUGCAAGGGUCUCAUUUUUACUGCCGCAGCAAUGUGUUAGAGGCACGUUUUUUCAAAGUUCCCACACAGACAUCGCCGCGAUCUUUUCCUUUCUCUUUUAUAUGGCAGGCCUUUUGUGGUCAUGUUUGUACACUGUCUGUCUCGUGCGAAAUGUGCAGUGCGUUUUGCUGUCCCACACUCUUGAGGCUGGGGUGUCUCAUUCACAGUGUGCUGGCAGGUUUUGCAAUUUUUUAUGGCAGGCAUGCCAUUUCUCCUGAGGCCUCCCAGUCUGACAAUCUCACAGCGAAUGUUGUGCUGUUGCGCAGUCUAGCUCCUCCAAAUCUGCGCUUGUGUGGGCAGUCUGCCCUAACACUGUGCGUGUUUUGUGCCGGGCUUCUGUCUUUGGGUGCAGUCAACAAACGUGGUUAGCUCAAGUGGUUGUUCACUCACGAGGGGUCCAUGCCCAAAGCACGUUCGUUGCACCCUUUGCUAGCUUGCUAGCUCCCACGCUAAGGGUGGAGCGUGUCACAAAAUGCAGGGGCCCUUGUCUUAAGGCACAGACAGUGCAGUGGUUAGCCUUGCCUUUGCAAUGUUGUGGUUGAGAGGUGCGAGCAUUUCUCGAUGUAGCAUUGAGCUUUUCUUCAAGGGGGGGGGAGCUGCUUGAUGAAUGAGCCUGUGUGCUUUGAACUCCCGUCAAAACCCUUCGGGUGUGAAACCUCAGAAAUUAUUGGCGAAUUUAGGAUUAGAAGGACUAGGGCACGCACCAAAGAGCAAGCAUGAGUUUCUAGUGUUCUAGUUCAGCUUAAAAAGAUGUGGGGUUGGAUGGGUCACGUAAUGCAUAGAGUAGGUAACAGGUGGGCUACGAGGGUAAACGAACACAAUGGAUUGUCAAGGGAUGAGAAACGCAGUCGUGGACAGGAGAGGAUUGCGUGUUCUGAUGAGAUUAGGAAGCUUGCAGCUUACAGUGGACAAGUUGGUUUGCCACGGCUUACAAACGGCACCAGGAAGCAUGAAGGAGGACUGGCAAGACGUCAAAAUGAUUGUAAGUUGCAGGCGGUUUGCAGGAAUAGGAUGAAGCCCGCUGGCACAAGACAGGUGUAACUGGAGGUCACUGGGAGAGGUGUGGGGGGCCAAAGCAGACUGACGACGAUACUGAUCACGAUCGAAAUGUGGUGCUUGGGGCCACUUGCACGGUCGCAAUUUUUUAUUCCGCACCCUAAGCGCGCCUGUUGGAUGGAAAUUAUCUUGAGUAGCGUCAAGUGGUACGAGAGAGCACGUUUCGCUACAUCGAUGCCGACAUUUCUGCACGUCACUGCCAGGUUUGACAGCAUACUUGCCUUGAAACACCAGAGUGCAACACCUCGCCGCCUGUUAUUGCCCAAGAUAUGGGCCUUACUUGCAGUAUUUGAUGUGGUACCUGCAUCCUGCUGGUCUGAUUGAAGGCUCAUGAUCAGAAAGUUAACGACCCACCUGUGGUUCUAAUGUGAAAGACUGAUUUUUUGGCUGCCCUUUUUUGGAUGCACCAACGAACCGAGCGUUGCGUAUGGCUGCGGGGCUUUGGCCCUUGGAGCUUACAGGUGAUGUUGCUACUUCGCAAUCCACUCCAUCCCAACUAUCCUUGUCCCAGGAUUAACUAAGAAGAUAUAAUAAUAAUCAAGGAUCAUGUACAGCGCUGCAGUCCUUCUCUAUCUAGAGUGCUGCUCUGCAGUUUUUGCACUCUGUCUUGGGCUGAACAAAGCGGUGUGUGAAUGUGUGCGAGUUUGUACAUUUAUAUGUUUACACUGUGUCACAAAAGAAGAAAAAAAAAACUGUGUGUGAAAUAGGAAACCAAUGUUUGUUACUACAUGUAAAAGUGUUGUCUUCAGUAGACUGUGGUUGCACAUGUUCUAGAAGCAAGCGGCGUUCCCACUAUUCUCAACAUGCCUGUCAAAUGUGAACGUUGUAAACUGCGCAUUUUAGACAUUCCUUCGACCAUGUCGAGCAUGGGUUGUGCUCUUGAGGCUCACAUUGCGAGUUAUGUGGGGUCGUUUCGGAUGGCGACUUGACUUUUGUUGAAACAUAGCAGCAUCAGCCAGUGCGAGGAAAAAAAAAAAGGAAAAUGUGGUAUGUCCUCAUACUUGGGACUCUGGGCAACCAGCCAUAAGAGCAUAAAGUUGUUAAUGAAAAAAAAAAUUAAGGAAUCGACUGCAGCUGCUUCCUUGUGUGCAAGGCUUGCACUAAGCCCCCGUUGCUGCGUAGAUGCAAGAAUGUGCAAAACAUGGCCGGAUGUGCUGCGGGUGUGUACAGAUAGCAACGAUUACGAUAAAGCUGAGGCCUUAGAGGUAUCAUUUGUCUUAGCACUGUGCUUUUAAGGAGUAAAUGGUCAAUUAAACCUCCACUGUACGCAGGUCAUCUGAGCCAGCAAAGAAAGAUUUUUUUCUUUUUUUAUUUAGCUUUAACCUCUUUUAGUCAGAUAUUAUGAAUGCGCUACUGUAGGUCGUCGCUUGUAAACAUGGUGACAAGCCGCAAAUCUUUCUCUGCAAGAAGGUUAUUACCUAUGUCAAAGGUGCGCUAAAGAGGUGCUCCUUAGCACCAUUUAUACCUAGUUUCCUUAGUUAUGUAACAUUUGGUACAACUGAGCUCUUCGGAGCAGUUUGUGCCAUGUUACCAUUGUUGACUUAUAUUGUUGCACAUGGUUUGGAGUUUCUGACUGGCUUUUUGACUUUGCUAGUGACAACGGACAACAUCGCUUUUGUUAGCCUUUUAUCCUUUUUGUGCUGCCAAUAAGUCCUGCUUAAUCCUUGUUAAUUGCACCACUCUAGUUUAAUUGUUGUUUAAGAUAACACAUAUCACUAGGAACAGUUGUGUGAUCAUCUGACUGUACAGCUAGGCUCAUCACUCAGCUUAUAGCCAUGAAUGGAGUAGCACAAAUUGACAAACAGCUACUCCAUUCAGCUCAAAGCUUCCCGUUUCAUACCAUUGGCUGCAGUGAUGGCUGGUAAUUACUGUAGUUUUGGUAGCUGUCUGUCAGUUUGGAAAAAAUAGUGCUUAAUAUUAUGGAAUUUUGAUGUCACUAGCACCUCUGCAUCAGAAUUUUAUUGGCAGAUGUAGCCGAGAAAAUGGUGAACAAGUUACCAAAUGUCACAGCUGUUUCGAUUAAAUGGAGGAAGAAUUCUUCUGAAGUGUCAGUGUCUCCUACAUGCUCGCACAUUCUAUCUGACCUGCGCAAUGGACCAUAAGUUUAGUCCGUUUUGAGGAUACCAACCUGUCAUAACAGGCCCUUUAUUUAAGACAGUCAAGAGCACUGGCUGUCGGUUGCUUCUGUGCAAACAUCUCCACUUUGUUCAGACACUUGACUUGUUUGUUUGCCGCAAGGGCUGGAUGAUCUGUUUCAUGUUAUUUUGAUUCUUAUUACCUCUGUUAUUAACUGCUAUUUAUUACACCACAGCCAAGCAAACCAAGCCAUUUUGUAAGUCCCAAGGGGUUGUCUGUUUGUAUGUAUGUGUGUAUGUAGAUGGUCCACAGCAAAUUUUUACCUCUUUCCCAACUGUCUUCGCAUCGGUUCUUUAUGGGUUACUUGUAUCAUGCUGCCUAGUUUUAUUAUUCAAAAGUGAAGUGGAUGCCAUUGAAGAAAAUGUUGGCAUUCUCUCUUUUGUAAUAUUUUUUCUCUGCUCAUGGCAUUUGUUUGGGUAGCCGCUAUUCCUUGGUCAAUUUGUUUUCCAUCUUGUUGUCCGAGUUGUGCAAAGUUUGUGCGAGAUUUUCAUGUCUUGUGUAGAUAGCGCUGCUGGCUCUGCUCUGAACGCAUUUAACUGUGUCACAAGUUUUUCAUCUUAGUAGUAGCUUUGUAUCAUAGCAAAUUCCUUUUAUUUGUUUGUUUGUUUUACACCGACUGUGAGACUGACAUAGAAAGUUGAUAUAAAUUAUGUUCAUUUUGCAAUCUUAUAAUUCUGUCCAUGUUGUAUUAUUCAUGCAGAAAUAGAUUCCUUAUAAACUUCACGCUGAUUCUGUACGAGUAAUGUAGACAGCAAAUGGAAUUAUGACAAUGCAAUAGGGGCUUUUCCAGUUGAGUAUUUAAAGACCUGUCAACAAGUGGCAAGUCAUGAGCACAUUUGUCAUGAGCAGAAGUCUGGAGAUCGUAACUGCCAUAGGUGUCCUUUUUUUGCAGCCUGGGCAUACGGUCUGAAAUCCAUUGGCACAGCCCACAUCUUGUUCGACCAAUGCGUUGCAUCGACAAAAUUUUAUGUUAGACGGCAGUAGCAUCGGAGAUAUUUUUUGCAGAUGCCGAGGUCUUUAAACUUUCCCCCCCAAGGGUACAUAGAACUUUCUUCUUUUUGGCAUAAAGAACAAAAACUUCGUUUGGGCUAUGUGCCCUAAUAUCUUGAACAGUUUCUACAGGGCGUUGGUCGUCUUUCUUGCAGUACGGCACAAGGGAGUAGUUUGUUUGCAAAUUCCUUCUCAUGAAAGCUACUGCUCUUUGCUCCCUGCCCCCUAAUUGCCCGCUAGGGCAUGUGUUGCAAAUUAUACAUUGCACUUCAGAAGGCUUGGUGUUGUGACAAGACCAGCCUUUGUAGAAACUGAAGAGGAGUCUUCUUAUUGUAAAGAUAUGAUGUUUCAAGAGGUGUUAAGUUUCCAGGGGGUCUACUUGCUGGCUCUCUUGGAGUGCUUGAUCCCCGUACACCCAUCUUUCCAGAGGCAUGUUUCAGGGGCAACACAGUUGAUACAUAUAGCUGGCAGUAUGAACAUUGAUUCUUUGGAGACGGUGUUUCGCAGAGAUGCUUAAGGAGAGCAUGUAGAACAGUGUGCAAGCUAGAGCAUGCAUGCAAAGUUAAGCAUUGAAAGCUAGGCACUGUUUGGCAGCCAACCGAGUGUGCGAGAGGCACAAGCAGUGUUGCUUUGCCGCACAUUCAGCUAAAGACAAUGACACAUUGACAUUGCCAACGAGUUACUAGUUGGAAGGGCACCUUCUGGGCAUUCAGGUACCGUGGUGAUGUUACGGCAAUCAAAUUUUUUUCUUAAAUGUGAGAAACCCUUCUGCUGCUUUAUAGACCCUACUGUCAGUGAAAGCGGGUCUUCAGCACUGACACAUUGUUGACUAGGCAGCCCCUGUUGGCUGGAGCAUUACAACAGAGAGUUGUUGACAAAUGUCUCUCCCACUUGGAUUUUCUUGCUUUUGCCGCUUUACUUUCAUUUUUCUGUACACUGAAAAGUGGAUUGCUUCUGACCCGUCAUGCUGGUCAGGAGAUGCAAGUACGUUGCUUUGACAACGCUGUUAUCGUUGCAAAAACUUGUUCGUACAUUUUUUUUUACUUGCACCCCACCACUCUCCUUUUGCAAGGUCCACUCUCUGAACUGACGAAAAGAAUGUAUAUAAUCGAGGAGGAUUCUUGCCUUCUCCCACAUUUAGUGUCCUUGGCACAGCUUGUUUCUCGUUCUAGUUUUAUAAAAACCGCUGCUCCCGCAAGUCCCUGAUGAGUUGACUUGUGCAUGGGAUGUAGAGCUUUUGACAAGUAUACUGCAUGACUUUAGAAAUGCGGUACGUCAUCAACAAGUAGCAUCAUUCAAGGCACAGUGUUUGAUGAACUGUCACUGUUGUAGUUUACUGAAUGUUACAGCCUCAUUAGUUUAGUGUAUAAUUUAUGUCAGCUGACUACUUAUCAAAUUGCAGUGAAAGUAUCAGCAAAAAAAUAUUUUUGCCUCGCCUAACUUCAAACUUGAGAUCUUUAGGUGAAUCGCACAGCUCUCGAAAAGUGUUACGAAGCCAGAAAAGUCCCACAAAUUCAGCUGAAUUUAUUGUACAAAGGUUGCACAAAUUGUUAGUUGUAAAAAGGUCGUGCAAAUGAAUAGUUGCUCAACCUUUUGUACAACUAUUUUGCACAAUUUACAGUAGCGUGAAAUUGUACAAAGGUUUCACAAAUUACAGUUCUAGUUACGAGGAUGCAUUUGUGUUGUUACAUGGCGUCUUGCUUGAAAUGAACAAGUAGUGUUCUCAUUGUUUGACAUCGCCUGUGUCUUGGACAACCGUCAACAAAGUUGAGCCCGACUUACUUAUGACUCGCAAAUAAUUGGCUAAUCGUACACAACUGCCAGAAAAAAUGCUGGUACAGCUGUUGAUCGAAUGCUGCUUGGUGGAGUUUCUGGAUCAAGAAUUCAAAACACUUCCUCGACCCCAAAGGAGGUGGUUGUGUAACAACUGUCACAUGCUUUCCUAGCUUGUGACUGGCCAAGCUAACCAUGCUACAAGCUUAUAGCCAAACGCUCCUUUGACUUGCUUGCAUGCAGCUCGAUUACAACAGCAAGGACAUCCAACCUAGGAUUAGCUUCAAUUCAAGUGCAAGCCUGUGGUAGUUUUCAUUCACGAGAGACAGCUGCGACAAGCACCUUGCUAAACUACAAGCCAACUUCUCGGAAAAGUACCGUAAAUCAUUUAAAUGCUUCCGUUUUGCUUUUCUUUAAUGCGACUACUGCAAGGUUGUCUCCUCCCUCUAGGUGCAUGCGGGUCUGAAAGGUUGAGAGACUGAGGUGGCAGUGGCUGAGCCCUGCGACUAAUACCAAGUUUUGCUACAAUACCAUGUAUUGUCAUGUACUGUAUGGGGUCUUGUGAUAUGCCACUCCCCGUCUCGUUUUUCUUCUCCCAGUCGCUUCAGUUUCAACGUUUUACGUUUCCCUUGACUUUCUGCCAUGAGACUUGUUUUCUUGUUGUUGGCAAAUACUUUUUUUUUUCUUCCUCAGGCCAUAAAUGUUCUAAUAUGAGUGCUUUUUUUUUAACAUUAUGGAUGCGAGUAUUUAAUGUGUGUCACUUCUAAUGGCAUGUAAUAAAUGUUUUGUCUUUUUAUUUAA